AUGAGACAUAUAAAGAUGACUGGGAAACUUGUAUUUCUUCUGUCAGCGCUACUUAUAAUAGGGAAUUUCGGUGUAUCUGGCUGCUUACUCCCCCCCUCCAUGAGUGAACAAAAAAAUUUUGUUCACUCAAGGAGGGGGGUUUUAUUUUUUUUCGAAAUUUAAAAAAAUCCUAAUUUGCAAAAAUUGGAAAGCAAAUAUAAAUUUAAUUUAUAAAAUUUAUGUUUUAAAAUGCAAUUCGUUCAAAAUUGAACAGAAGUAGCUCUAGAUUUCAUUAUACUAAUUAUCAUUUAUAUAUCAAAAUUUUUUUACAUAAAAUAUUUUUGUAUUAAAAACAUUUUUGUUCACUCACGGAGGGUGGGUUUUUGGGCAAAAAAUAGCGAUUUUUCUAAUGGUUUUGUUCACUCACGGAGGGGGGGAGUUAGAUGUUCCAGGCCAAAAUAACGAGGAAUCUAUUUUCAAUUCAGACUCAAAGCUGACAGCACCACCUCCUAUUUACCCAGUAAACCCUUCAUGCGGCACGAGCUAUGCACCUUUAGGCAUUAUGGCAGUCAUUAUCUUUAUAAUUUUAUUUUUCUUGCCUUUAUGGCUUGUUUGGGAUAUUUAUCACGAAGAUCCUGAAGAUCAGAAAGGAAAUAUCAUGUACGUUCCUCCUCCCCUUAAAUCAAAAGCAGACAAAAAAGAACCCCGAGAUUCAGGCAGAGCCCAAAUUGAUAUCCUUGACGAUAGUGUUAAAUUUGAAGAAGAGCCUAGCAAAGUAAUUGAGCCAGUCGCCGAAGCCAAAUAUCCAGAACUCCCUGUCGAAAAGCCCAGGAAAAAAAGAGAAAGAGGCAAACUAAUUCAGCUGAUAGAAAGCCACUUGCUGUUUGGGAUGUUUUUUUAUAGGCCAAGCUUUACCAGAGUUUUAAGAGCAUUUACUUUAAUUACAGUCGUCAUGUUUGAAUUUAUGCUUGAAGGGGCAAUGUUGGAAGCCUUUGAAAAUACAGACGUGGGCGAAGUAAUGGAUGCUUCAGAUAUAAUGAGCAAUUAUAAGAGAGAAUAUUUUGCUUAUAUGGUACUAGCUAUUGUUAUAGCCUCACCUGUGGAGUUUUAUUUAUCAGCAGCAUUAAGCACCGAUAGGUCUAAUGGGAUUUGCUGGGUGGUGUCUGCUAUUAUUUUUGGAUUUUCUGUACUUAUUGGGUCUAUUGCAGGAAUUAUUGUAUUAUCGUUUCAAUUUUGUUAUGAAUGGAGUGGGUAUUGGUGCUUUAACUUUUUAUUUGGAAUUCUUAUAGAAAUUUUUAUUAUUCAAGCUGCGUAUAUGAUUAUAAGGUUUUUCAAAGAAUGUAUCCAUUCUUUUAUCAGGAGACACCGUCAUAGAGCUUAA